AUUGCUUUAUACUUUUUGUUUGUUUCAGGUAUGCUGGUCACAAUUCUAGGGAACAGUGUGGUCAUUAUCUCCAUUGCUCACAUAAAACAGCUCCACACGCCAACUAACAUGCUUAUAAUGUCUUUGGCAGUUGCAGACCUGCUGCUUGGAGUGACUGUGAUGCAUUUUAACACAUUGAUAGCCUUUUUCUUUCCAUGCUCUGUAAUGGUGGGUUUGUAUACCAAAAUACUUUUGGUGGCAAAAGAACAUCUAAGGAAGAUUGACGACAGCCAAAAGAAUUCCAAUGAGCGAGAUAAAGGUGUGGUGUCUCAACGGUCAGAGCGAAAAGCAGCUAAAACUUUAGGCAUUGUGGUGGGUGUUUUCAUCUUUUGCUGGCUGCCUUUCUUUCACACCACCUAUUCUCUCUUUGAAGUGUUUAUCUGGCUGGGUUACUUUAAUUCUACUGCAAAUCCAAUCAUCUAUGCACUGUUUUAUCCUUGGUUUCGAAAAUGUCUUAAUCUCAUUGUCACAUUGAAAAUAUUCAAUAGAAAUUCUUCCUAUAUAAAUGUAUUUGCUACUACAUGA